AUGGCGCACCUCAACGUCAAGCCGGAUCCGGCCUACCUGAAGCUGCAGGCGAUGCAGAAGAGUCGCGUACAGUACUUCCGCUGGACACCAAGAACUGCUCGCAUCACCACGAUGUACGUCAUCGUGGUGCCCGCCAUCAUGGGCUACAUUGCCUACAAGACAGACGGUCUCUGGGACCUACGGGCGAAAAGAAAAGGUGACACCGCGUACGAGAAAUAA